AUGGCGAGAACAUCUCCCUUCGACCUAUCCAAGUGCGCGAGACCUAACAUCCUUCAACUGCAGCCGUACCGCUGUGCGAGAGAUGACUACAAGGACGACGGCACAAACGUCCUUCUCGACGCCAACGAAAACGCAUACGGGCCUAGUCUUACUCUAGAGACCAUCAAGAAGUCCGCAGACACCGAAGACGGCUCGAGCCCUGGCGAUAUCGAUUUCUUGGGCUUGCACAGAUACCCUGACCCGCAUCAGGUAGAACUCAAGCAGCUCUUCUGCAACCUGCGCAAUACCCGGGUUCAUACGCAGAAGGAGCUGAAGCCAGAGAACGUCUUCGUCGGCGUGGGUUCGGAUGAGUCGAUCGAUGCCCUACUUCGAUGCUUCUGCACCCCUGGAAGGGACAAGAUCCUGACAUGUCCGCCUACGUAUGGGAUGUAUGCCGUCUCUGCGCAGGUUAACGACGUAGAAGUCGUCAGGGUGCCGCUGGACGUCGAACGGGGUUUCCAGCUCCGUCCGGAGGCCAUUAACGAAGCCCUGUCCGCCGACCCCUCGAUCAAGAUCGUCUAUAUCUGUUCUCCGGGGAACCCAACCGGUAACCUGAUCAAGAAAGAGGAGAUACAAAAGGUCCUCGAGCACGAGACAUGGAAUGGAGUAGUCAUCGUUGACGAGGCUUAUAUCGAUUUUGCGCCUGAGGGUUCUAGUCUGGCGGAAUGGGUGACCGAGUGGCCCAACCUCGCUGUAAUGCAGACUUUAAGCAAGGCCUUUGGUCUGGCAGGUAUACGGUUAGGGGCUACGUUCACAAGUCCAGAGAUAGCCCUCUUGUUGAACAGCAUGAAAGCUCCCUAUAGCAUAUCUACGCCUACCAAGUCCCUUGCGAUCGCUGGGCUUUCCUCAGAGAACCUAGCUCUGAUGCGCGAGAACAGGGAGAAACUGCUGGCCCAGCGCACGAGGAUUCUAGAAGAGCUGCCUAAGAUCCCGGGUGUUGGUCGAUUCCUGGGCGGUACCGACUCAAACUUUCUCCUUGUAGAGAUGCUAGACAAGCCGUCGGGAGAUGGUGGGAAGCCUAGCAACAAGGUCGCCCAAGAUGUAUAUCACAUCCUGGCCGAGAAUAAGGGAGUCGUUGUACGGUUUAGGGGUAAGGAACACGGCUGCGAGGGAUGUCUAAGGAUCACUGUGGGGACAGAGACCGAAGUAACGCGGUUCCUGUCAGUUCUGAGGGCGGUUUUGGCGGACACUCUUGCUAAAUGA